AUGAGUCGACAAUCUGCAAUUUAUUAAUCAUUAUUUAUUGAAUAGCUAAAUAAUGGUUUCUUUUCUGGAGCAUAAUCUAUUAACUCAAUUAAUGAUUUAUAUUAGUAUGCUAUUGAAUUAGAUGUAAAAUUUUAAGAAAAUUUGGAUGAUUGUUCUAUUUUUGAUGAAAAUGCAUCUGAAACCUUAAAAUUAAUCGAAAAUUCUUUUUGUUUUUGUUUUGGAUUACCUAAUUAAUCUGCACAGUAAGAAUAAUAUAAAGAUAAAUUAAUUUUAUCUAACUUCCUUAGUUAAACAGCUUCUAUGUAACGAUCACAUUAUUAAAUAUAUUAUGCAUCAAUAAGUGAAGAUUAGUUUUAUUCAAUUGACCCAUGUUAACCUAUACCAAAGGAAUGGGUACCAAAAGAAAGACCAUGGUAUACAUCUCAUAAUUAAUCUUCAUCAUUUCUCUAAAUAACAGAUAUGUAUUUGGAAAUAGAUAUUGGAGUUUGUUUUACUUAAACAAAAAGUCUGUUCAAUAAAGAAAAUAUAAGUAUUGCAAUUAUUGCAAAUGAUUUAACUAUGAAUUAGUUUACAUUAUAUGAUCAAAUACUUCCAGUAAAAUUCAUGUUAAUUGAUUUAAAAGGAUAGAUUUUAUUAAAUUAUAUUUAUUUGAAAGAAUAAAAAGAGAUAUACUAUUUUUAUAAUGUUACAAAAACAGGUUUUGAUGAAAAUGAUUUUAAAACUCUUUUAAAUUUUUUAAAUGGAGAGAUAUAUGAAGAUUUAUGUCCAAUAAAUAUUGAUAAUACAUUUUGUUUGUUUAAUAAAUAGGAAUAAAAAAUUAAAUUUAUAAGUUUAUUUAACUUAAGAGAAAUGAAUUAUAUAUUAGUUUCUGAAUUUGAUCCAGAUCUAUAUAUAGAAGAUAUUAAUAUUUUUGUCUAUGAAAUUGAAAAUAAAAAACUAUUAUCAAUAUAUAUAUUUAUUGGUGUGAUUGGAUUUUCAAUUUCAUUAUUUUUUGUAUCCUUUUUGAUUAAUACUUUAAUUCUCCAAUAACCAUUAUAAAAUUUACUUUAUUAUACAAAUUUACUUAAUAAAAGUACUAAAACAAUAAAAUAAAAGAAAAUUACAUUCUCAAAUUCAAACACAAUAGGUAGACUUAAUCUGGCAUUUUAGAGUUUAUUAAAUCAAUAAAAUUAAGGGAAAUAAGAUAAUAAAGAAUUAGCAAAAUUAAGAUUUGAAAUGUUUUCUGAAUAUCACAAAAAAUAAAAAGAAUAUUCUUAAUUUAAUCUAAGAAAAUAUAUUAAUCGAUCUAAUUUAUUGGUAUAAAAAUAAAUUAAUAAUUUUAAGGAUUUAGAGCUUUCGUAAUAAUUUAAACUUAAUCCAGAUCAAAAGGUGAUUAAAUAAUUAAUUUAAAUGAAGAAAAUCAUAUUUUCAACUUUUUAAGAAAUUAAUUUAAGAUGA